AGCAGCCGAGCUGGGGGCGCGGGCGGGCGGCAUGUACCGGGCCCGGGCGGCGCGGGCGGGGCCGGAGCCCGGCAGCCCUGGGCGCUUUGGGAUCCUCAGCACCGGGCAGCUCCGGGACCUGCUUCAGGAUGAGCCCAAGCUGGACCGGAUCGUGCGGCUCAGCAGGAAGUUCCAGGGCCUGCAGCUGGAGCGCGAGGCAUGCCUGGCCUCCAACUACGCUCUAGCCAAGGAGAACCUGGCACUGCGGCCCCGCCUGGAGAUGGGCCGCGCUGCCCUGGCCAUCAAGUACCAGGAGCUUCGGGAGGUGGCCGAGAGCUGUGCAGACAAGCUGCAGCGACUGGAGGAGAGCAUGCACCGCUGGAGCCCCCACUGUGCGCUGGGCUGGCUGCAGGCUGAGCUGGAAGAAGCUGAGCAGGAGGCUGAGGAGCAGAUGGAGCAGCUGCUGCUGGGGGAGCAGAGCCUGGAGGCUUUCCUGCCCGCCUUCCAACGAGGCCGUGCCCUGGCCCACCUGAGGCGGACCCAGGCGGAGAAGCUGCAGGAGCUGCUGAGGCGCCGGGAGCGGUCUGGCCAGCCAGCCCCCACUGCUGCUGCGGAUCCCCCCAAAUCCUUCCCUGCUGCCGCUGUCCUGCCCACUGGGGCCGCCCGGGGGCCACCAGCAGUGCCCCGGAGCCUGCCCCCCUUGGACUCCCGCCCAGUGCCCCCGCUGAAGGGCUCCCCCGGGUGCCCUCUAGGCCCAGCCCCUCUGCUGAGCCCUCGGCCCUCGCAGCCAGAGCCCCCCCACCGGUAGGAUCCAGGGUAUGGCUCCCCACUGGGGGGCCCAGACAAACUUGAUGCGUGGCUCCUCCUCCUCCCCCACCGCCGGGGUGGGGGGAGGGGCAGGCCCCUCCCCCUGGCCCUAGACAGGCCCUGGCCCCGGAGGCUGAACUGGGGAGGAGGGUCACCUGGAAGAUGCCCAGAGA